UCACGCUGUUCCCUCCUGUUCGGGUGCCGCUACUUGAUACAAGAUUGUCCUUUCGACCUCGCUGGUACGCUACCGUACCCCUUGAAGGUGCCAAUGGUGACUGCGCUAUACGGCUGGCCCCCCGCACGCACAUGGCCUUGACUGACAUCAGGUCAUGACGGCCGGGUUAAGCACAAACUUCACUUCCUUCUUGGCGACACCACCUACUUGCUGUAGACUUCACACUCAAUGGUGAGGUAUUAGAGGACCGUUCGCGAAGGCUGGUCUGGAGCUCCAAAUGCCAUGUGCACGUCGACUGUCCACGCUCUUCACUUAUCCCUUAGCCUUAGAGAGAAAUGUGGACAUAUUGUGCCCUGCCAACAACGCUGCAUUCACGACCAAGCAUAAUGUCUCCUAUCUCGGCAAUCACACUUUCAGGGCUGCUGACAAGCGUUUCUGUCGUAAGUCUACCGACAGAGGUGAACUUUGCCUCACGUGAACUUCUCGUCAAUGGCAUUGUCCUUUGUUCUUGCCCCAUUCCUUUACUACACACUCACCGCAGAUACCUUCUCAGAAACCAGCCCAGCAAUCGUGGCCAUCGGAUACGCUGACACUGUGCUUACCGCCAUGCCGCCACCCACGCGAGAAAACAUACGCGCCGAUCUGGACAGUUGCCGCAACCUUCAGAACGAGCACGUUGCGCAAUACCAAGCCUUGGCCGAAAGGUUCUCGCGUAUACCAUCAGUUGUGCGGGAAAGUCACAGCCUCAGUACAACUCACACCAGAACUAGCGUUUAUGCUUUCGAAUCGUCUCCUCAGAGCGUACAUGGUAUCGUGCUCAAGGCAGUUGCCGACAUGCUACGAAGCGCAUAAGCGGAACUCAACAGCGUCGAGCCUGAGCUGGCAAUCAGCACUCUCGAGGGGCUGACCAUGUUCUUGGAGCAGGUGGGUGGAAUGCUGACAGAGCUGGAGGAAGCAGUGAAAGCGCACGGGAGCGUCAUGAGUUGGUCCGUCAUCGGCGGCGAGAUGGUCGGUUAGACUGAUGUCGGACUUAGGUAGCCUGAGCAAAGUCACACAAGCCAG